AAUCGCACCACAGCUAUUUCCAUCCUUCAACCUUACCCCGUCGGGCGCAUGACCAUUCGUCUUGACCAUCGCUUCCUGCUUCGCACUUCAAGUCCUAUCCCUUCAUCAUGGCAAGCUCGCAAUCGCAGAGACCCGGUCUACCUAGCCCCUCGGCUUCGAGGGACGGUUCCGCUCCUCUGCCCGAUCGGCCCAAGCUACGCAACAGCUGUCAUGCAUGCGCCUCCUCCAAGCUGAAGUGCUCCCAAGAGAAGCCGACCUGCUCGCGGUGUGCAAAACGUAACCUCACCUGCGAGUACGUUCUCGCCAAACGAGGCGGCAGGAAACCAGGUUCUCGAUCAAAUACCACCGAGACCCGGAAUAGUGAUCGCUCGAGUGCUACGCCCGUACUCGGUCGCACCGAGGCUGUAAAUCUGCCGUCCCAAGCCAACCCAUUGGCACCCUCUCCGUCGAGCCAAAAUACCGACGCCUUGCACUUGCCGGGACUGAUGCAUUCUUCGACCGAAGCGAGCGGCGUUGUGGAUUCGGAUAGGUUGCGUGGCUUCUUUAGCCCCAUGGACCAGACGCUGUCAACGGCGUCGACUAGCGUCGAACCUGAUCUCAAUGACUUCUUCGUUUCGCCCUUAUCCUUCCCGGCCGAUUUCUCCGACAGCCUUCUCUUCAGGACAGGAGACCUGUUUUCAACGGGCAUGAGCUCAGGCAGUACGAGUAGCGGUUCAGAAGCGCUUUCGGCCGCGUUUCCUGGUUUUGAAGACGCCGUCUCCGAUCUCUUCUCGCCCUUCGUUCCCAGUUCGACUCCUGAAAACUGGUCCUCUCCAGGCAAAGAGCGCCUGGCUUACCAAGAGACGUUUGGAGCCGGGCUCUCCUGCACAUGCCUCGCCCAGGCGCUCGGGCUCAUGAAACAGCUCUUCCCCCCUUCCCCUGCCAGGAGAUGGUCAAGCCAAGAUCUCGGUCGAACCUUCUCCGCGAGCCCCACCACCCAGGCUGUGAUAGCCCAGAACGAGACCACCAUCGAGGCAUUGGGCGCCAUGCUUUCAUGCUCCUGCUCACAUGACGACUACCUACUAGCAGUCAUGUCGCUCAUCAUCUUCAAGGUACUAGGCUGGUAUGUAGCCGUCGCCCGCAAAGCGCCAGGCUUGCAGAGUUCAACCACUGGUGCCUCGGGAAGCUCCUCCCCACCGGAUCCAGCCAUGCCAAUCACCACCAUGGCAGCGUUUUGCCUGGAUGGUGCGGACUCUGCGCGCAUGACAGCGCAGCUUGUUCUCAACGAGCUUCAUCGCGUCCGACGCCUGGUUGACCAGUUGUCAGCCAAGCUCAAGGCGCGGGCAUCGAAAUCCGAGACGGAGACGGUCGAGUCGCCGGAUUUGCAUGGCGACACGGUGCUGCCGCUCUCAGCAGGAAUGUAUGAGCAGUUGGAGGUUGACCUAAGGACCAGGCUCAAAGCUGUUUCAUGGGAAAUGAUUGAUAGAUUGAGGAAGCUAUGACUAAGUAAACGCGAAGGACGUUCAACGAUUCCCCAUGGAGUGCGCCCAAUUCCACCUGUGGAGCGCGUACCCACGUGUAUCGAUAUCAC